AUGCCACCCGUAUUAAGACCCAGAAAAAAAUUCUCUUAUUUCCCAAAUUCCCGAGAAAAUAAAAAUGAUAAUACGGAUAACGAGGAUAAUAGGGAUAAUAUUAUGAUAAAUGAAGAGAUAUCACUUGAUGAACAAAGUGAAUCAAAUAUAGGAGAUAUUAUUGAUUAUAAUUUAAAUGUUCUUUUCAUUGGAUCAUUUCCUGGACAAAUCGCUACAGAAAAACAACAUCAAUAUUCCUCUCCAAAUAAUCACUUUUAUUACUGUUUGAAGGAAAGUAAUAUGAUUGAUAGAGAUCUUACAUAUAAUGAAGACUAUAGACUCGCUCGUGAGUUCAAGAUCGGAAUGAUCACACUGUUUAAAGAUAAACCGAAAGGGAUGUCAAGAGACCAAUUGCAAAAAUCAAUCCAAAAUUUAUUAAACAAAGUAGAAAAAUAUCGACCCAAGAUUAUAUGUUUUAAUGGAAAAGAUCCUUAUGAGCCUUAUUUAUCUUAUAUGACUUCUUCUGUUGAAUCAAGAAAUGUUUUGUCAAGAAAUAAGUCUUGGAAAUGGGGUUUACAAAAAUCAAAAAAUAUAGAUUGGAGCGAUAAAUCAGGACACACGAAAAUAUUUGUAAUGAUUUCAACAAGUGGAAGAGUUGCGCAAUAUCAAAAGGAAGAGAAGACCAAAUUUUUUAUUGAAUUAAAGGAGCUAGCAAAAAAUAUAGAAAACAUUAAUGGAAUUAUGGAAAACAAUAAUGAGAAUAAUGAGAAUAAUGAAAAUAAUGAAAAUAAUGAAAAUAAAAAUGAAAAUAAUGAAAAUAAAAAUGAAAAUAAUGAAAAUAAAAAUGAAAAUAAUGAAAAUAAUAAUGAGAAUAAUGAAAUUGAAAAUAUUAAUCGUUCAGAAAUUGUUCCAGAAAUGAUUAUUAAGCAAGAAAAUCAAGGGAAUUGUGAAUCUAUUAUUAAGAUUGAGAAUAUUGAGCAUCAGUAUAUCAAAAGGGAAGGAAAAUAA